AUGGCCUCUAAGAUUGACGAGAUCAAGGCGAAGGCCGAGGCUGCUAAGCCCGGCCAGCUCAGCGGCCUCCAGCUGUACUCCCGCUUCGCCUUCGCCGGCGCUGUCUGCUGCUCCGUCACCCACGGUGCCCUGACCCCCGUCGAUGUCGUCAAGACCUCGAUCCAGCUUGACCCCAUCAAGUACAACCGCGGUCUCAUCGGCGGCUUCAAGCAGAUCAUUGGCGAGAAGGGCUUCGGCGCUGUCUGGACCGGUGUCGGCCCUACCUUCGCUGGUUACUUCCUCCAGGGUGCCUUCAAGUUCGGUGGUUACGAGUUCUUCAAGCAGCAGUCCAUCAACGCUCUCGGCUACGAGACCGCUGCCAACAACCGUACCGCUGUCUACCUCGCUUCGUCCGCCGCCGCCGAGUUCUUCGCCGAUAUCGCUCUCUGCCCUCUUGAGGCUACCCGUAUCCGUCUCGUCUCUGACCCCUCCUUCGCUAACGGUCUUAUCGGCGGUUUCACCAAGAUCCUGAAGAGCGAGGGUGUUGGCGCUUUCUACUCUGGUUUCGGUCCCAUUCUCUUCAAGCAGGUUCCUUACACCAUGGCCAAGUUCGUCGUCUACGAGAAGGUCUCCGAGGCCAUCUACCAGCGCGUUGACAAGAGCACCCUGUCCAACCCCGCUCAGACUGCCGUCAACCUUGGCUCCGGUCUGAUUGCUGGUUUCGCUGCCGCCAUCGUCUCCCAGCCCGCCGACACCAUGCUCUCCAAGAUCAACAAGACCAAGGGCGCCCCUGGUGAGGGUACCACCUCCCGUCUGAUCAAGAUUGCCAAGGAGCUCGGCCUCCGCGGCUCGUACGCCGGUAUUGGUGCUCGUCUGUUCAUGGUUGGUACUCUUACUGCUGGUCAGUUCGCCAUCUAUGGCGAUAUCAAGAAGGCGCUCGGUGCCGUUGGUGGAGUUGAGAUCAGUCCCAGCAAAUAA